UCUUAGUGUCAAGAUGCACCUUGUAGUGACGUUAAUGAUGUUCAUAUCACUGGGAAUAUUUGUCGGUGGUGACCCAUCAUCCUACAAGUACGAUGACAAAGAUGAGUGGCCGCUACAGUUCCCCCUCCACUGCUCGAGGCACCGCCAAUCGCCCAUCAACAUCAGGGACUCAAUUGCUGCAGCAAAGACUGUUGAUGAUCUCUUGUAUACGAACUACGAGUUUCCUCCUUCAAACGUAACUGCCACCAACAACCACCACACUUUAUCUUUGACUGGCACAUUCCCCAUGGGAUUGCCCCUGCUCUCGGGAGGCGGAUUGAUCGGAGUCUAUGAAGUGACUAACCUGCACUUCCACUGGGGCAGCGACGACUCGCAAGGCUCCGAACACACCAUUGACGGACAAAGGUUCCCUCCCGAGAUGCAUAUCGUCCACAACAAACAAGGGACAGACCGGCAUUCUUUCCUAGCCGAUAAACAAGGCUUGGCUGUGCUCUCCGUGCUCUUCCACGUAUCACCGGCCGACAACGAGGCUCUCACUCCAAUCUUGGAAGCUAUUCCAGCUAUAAUAUCAGGAGAGCAGAGCGCGGUGUUGCAAGGAGCCAGCGCCCUGAGCGCGCUACUGCCGCGCAACAAGCAAGUGUUCUACCGCUACCCCGGCAGCCUCACCACGCCGCCCUGCAGCCAAGCCGUCGCA